CUUUCUGUUAUUGUUGUUUUGUAAUCGAAAAACAAAUGUAUGGGUUUGUGUAUGAUCUUUUGUAUGUUACUAUGAUUCUGUUCUUGGCAAUAAAAAAAUGCACCCAAAAUCUUGGCCAGGACGUGUCCGGGAAAAAUGUCACAUAUGGUCAAUGAGUCUUGAUAGUCAUAAACUUAAAGUGAAGUUAUUUGCAUUUAAUAAGCAAAUCUUGCUAUAUCGGAAACAAGCAAACACUCAUAACUUCACACCGCAUAAUAAAUAUGUCUCCACAAAAACAAAUCACUUUUUCGUGAGGACAGGUUUUGUAGAAAUAUUUGGUCUAAAUGAUCUUUUCGAUGAUGUUUGCGCAUAGAACGCUAAACCAACGGCAGGAGGUGAAGCCACCGGAAGUGUUCGAGCUGCCAUCUUGGUAUGCCCAACUGACAUAGGGCGUCAUUGACUUACAGUCAAAAUAACCAUCUAAAAUAACCCGUUUUGCAGCAUACCAUGCGCAUGAUUCGGUUUUAAUUUACACGUAUGUUUUAAUGAAUUGUUACUUGUGAUGUUUUCCAAUGUUAAUGUUUAUUUUGGGCAGAAUAGCGAUGUAUAGAAAUCGUUAAGGUGAGAGUGUAUUGCAUUCAGUUCUGUUGUAAUGGCAGGUAUAAGUUUAAUGUUUAGAAAUAAAACUUCAUGACUUUAAGUAUAAUAAUAGUUAAGAUACACAUACACAGUCUAUAUUAUAUCUGUAUUUAGAAUGGUAAGGGUUAGGGUCUCGUCCAUCUGCUGAUCUGUUAUGUACGCUACUGUAAUGAAGAUUACACUCUGAGAUGGGAAAAUUCCUGAAUUUUGAACAAACUUAUCUACCUGACUUAUCUACUCCUAGUAACUCAAAACAAUAAACAUAACAUUUUGUAUUGUGGAUGUGGACAUUUUUCCUGUUUGUAAACAAGUCAAACUCAUGAAUAGAGUAAGUAAGAAAAUGCAUGUGCAUGCACACAAAAAUACACAUGCACUUUUUACAGAUAUCUUCUAGAUGUCUAUAUGAGGUCACAGCAGACAUCUCCGAGACGUAUUGCAGAUGAGCAAACGGUGUAUUGUAGAUGUCUUGCAGAUGUAAAUGCAGACGUCAAAUAGACGUAAGCCAGAUGAAUGUGUGCUAUCAGGGAUCACUAGUUAUUGUUAUUAAAGUAUCUUUGUAUGUAAUCUCUGCGUCUUUGGUCCGUGGCAGCCCGUGACAAUAAUAAACUUCUUGAAUAAAUGUCUCAGUUUAAGUAGUAAACAACUGUAAAGUAUACUUGAUUUUUGUUACUUUAUUUCCGUGAACAUAUAGGUAGCUGCCAUUGUUGUGCAACAUUCAAAACAAACGCACAAAAGAACUAACAAUGAACACCUUUUUUAUUAUUACUGGCAUUAAUAAAAGAAACAUGUUCUAAAGAAAUUAUAGACCAAAACACGGGGAAAUGCGGUCUUAAAACAAACGUCAAACCUCAAUCGUUACAGCAUUUUAGAAUUUACUUUUAGAAACUUAAACUUGGACAAAGUAGCUGCGUCUAAAUCAUCCUCUGGAGAUUACAUUUGUUGGCCGCAUAUGACAUUGAGGUUUAUUCAGGUUUUAUUUCAGAAAAGCUACUGUUAGCCUACAUUGGGCAAGUGACACUACAAUGAUUAUGUACAGUCAUUUUAUAAUGUUUUUUUCACUGAAAUGAGCCCGUAUCCAGCCUCUGGUUGCACGCGCACCUCCGCAAACGGACGUUGUGCUGUUAGGGACUUUAAGCAACAGCUGCGGAUGGAAGGGCUACGGCGACUGGAAGUAGGUGGUUAAACCGCCAUAGCCACGAACGCGCAAAUCACUAAGCAAAUCGAAUGUCUAGGACUGCGUCCACUAUGACGUAUUUCCUGUUUUUGGCCCAAGUGUAGUGGGUGUGAAGAUCCCAAGUGAGCAUGUAGUAUUUCUAACCCGAUGGGACACACUUAGCAAGUGCAAGCAUAUAACGUUAAUAAAUGUGGUGUUUCUAAUUAUGUGAUAAAAGAAGUUUUACAAAAUACAUAAUUCUGGAGUUUUCACCAAUAACAUGUGUAACACUACGUUUUACUACGAAAUUAUAUGUAAUAUCUGAAAGUGACCUAUUAGUCAGAUAUGGUGACCCAUACCCGAAAUGUGACCUCUGCAUUUAACCCAUCCAGAGAGUAGUGAACACACGCACAGCAAGUGGUGAACACACAUACACCCGGAGCAGUGGGCAGCUAUCACUGCAGCGCUCGGGGAGCGAGGGGGGGUAAGGUGCCUUUGCUCAAGGGCUCCUCAGUCGUUACCCGCCAGCCCUGAGAAUCCAACCGGCAAUAUAUUUGUAUUGUAUCAAAGCAGCUAUAGGACUUUUACUUAGACUACAUAUCAACAUAGCCAUUAGGCAACAUAGCUGUCCAAUAAAUGUUAAACAGAAAAAUGGUUACAUCAUGUUUACUAGGUCUAUCUUAUUAUAUAGGCUAAUCUUAAAAUAUUUAAUAUAUUUGAGUGGUUAUUAUAUAUUAAAUGAAAUGUUAACUAUAUCUCCUUACAUAAAAAACAGCAGUGAUUGAUCUGGUUUUAAUGAUAUUAUUAAAGCUGUGUGCACGGUACUCAUUAAAAAAAUCAACUACUAAGCGUUAUGCUGAUGUGUAAUUGUUAUUAUUCUUAAGCGUUUCUUUUAAAUCGAUUAAAUGCAUUCAUUUAAAACAUAAAUAACACUUCUUAAACUUUGAAAUUUAGCCUGAUUAUAUUUUGGUACUAUCACAACUACUUUUAUGAACGUCUUAUUGCAAUGUGGAGAUUACGUUAUUUUAACACCUAAAUAAAACGUGUCACAAAAGUUACUGUUUGGUCUGGUUUUGUUUUCGUUGUAAACACAAGUGAUUUACGUUUUUAAUUAAACUACUUUAAGAAAACAUAGCAUUUUGGUAUUUUUUUACAAUUUAAAACGUUUUAUUUUGAUUGCAUAUUUUUUUAAUAUAGGUUUUAAAACGUUGUACUGCAACAUUAUCUAAUUGUAACCAAAAUGCAACGUUGUUAAAAGUUAUAAAAACGUUUUGUUUGCUGGGGACCCACAUCUCAUUGGUCAGUAAUACGUGAGUUCCUGAAUCUGAUUGGUUCAUGUCACAGUGUUGCCGGAAGUAGCGUUUAGUUAUAUGGAGUGAGGUCAUGAGCUACGUUAGAAGUAAAGUCUCCGCCUUGAGGUCAUGAGCUAUGUAAGAAGCGAAGUCUCCGCCUUUAAAACACUGCGCACGGGCGCGUGUUCUCCAGGAAUAUUGUUCUGCGAUCAGUGCGUCAGGAGGAAUACAGACAUGCGCCUUCACCUCAGAAGUUACUGCGUGUAUCUGACAGGAACGCGCGCUUACAGUCGCGGGAGAGACACCACAGCUUCACCUCACAGUAGCCGAACCGCGUAUUACGACAUCCUGAACAUUUCCCCGAACGCGACGCAGGCGCAGAUCAAGGCAGCCUAUUAUAAACAAUCCUUCAUCUAUCAUCCAGACCGGAACCGCGGCGACGAUGCGGCGCGACGCUUCGCUCUCAUCGCGGAAGCGUACAGCGUGCUCGGUAGCGUCGCCCUCAGGAGGAGAUACGACCGCGGCGUGAUGACGCACACUGACGCGCAGGCCGCCGGGCGACCAUCGUCAUCACCCCGGCACCAGGGGUCUCGACGCGAGUCGGAAGCUUUCGUGAACGCUUCCUUCGACUUCGACGCGUUCUACCAAGCUCACUAUGGCGAGCAGCUGAAGAGAGAGAAACAGAUGAGACUCAAACGAGAAGAAUUUCAGCGUCAGCAGCGGGAAGAUUUCACGAGAUGGAAAGUGAGAAAACUGACUGAGAUGACAGUGGGAUUUCUGCUGCUGUCCGGAGGAGUUCUCCUCAUCAACUUAAGAUCAACUUAAAUCCUCAUCAUUAUCAAAUCUCCUGGAACGAGUUGUUUUCUUCUGUAAUAUUCGAGUCUUUAUAAUCCUAGAUCAUGUGUUGUCAUUUUUUGACAAGCCUCCUUCAAUUCUUCAGUUAUAGUUCAAGCACAGCAAUGCAACAUGCCUACAACAGUUUAAUGCAUCUUUAAUAAAACAUUUGAAUCAAGUCAAAGACAUCACUUUUGGCCAGUCAAUUACACACAUGUACGCUGUACGAUGUCACCCGUGCAGCUGUUUGUGUGUGUGUCAUUUUGAAAUGUACACAUGAUGAUAGUAGAUAGCGUGUCAUGAUUUCAUGCAACAUGCAGCCACCUCACGUGAUCUCAUGAGCUGCCGGCGGCCCCUUUGACAUCUGAUGUGUAGGCAUGUUUGCUCUUAUUAUCAAUAGUUCUCACUGGUGAUUUCAGUUUUACUUUCAUCAGUCCACAGACUGUUAUGUAGGGCUGUAGUCAAGUCCACCAUUGUCGAGUCCAAGACCAGGAGUAGUCGAGACCGAGUCAAGUCCGAGUCCAAGGUUCGAGUCCAAUUGAGACAGUCAAGACAGAGACAGGAAAAAAUCAUGACUACAAGACCACAUGCUUAACUAUUGAUAAUUUAUGUGAUGCAAGAGACAGCAUAUCUUCUAUUCUAAGAUAAUCAUUUUCAUUAUUGUUUGUAAUGAUCGAAAAGCAGAUAAAAUAAGGUCAUUUUAUUUUUACUAUAUAGGUAUAGCACUAAAGUCACAGAGCCGAAGUGUAACUGUUUAUUACUUUUUUAAGGAACUUUUUUAUCAGCCCUCCUAACAGCAAGGUUGUGCAGCAAUGAACAGUUUUGUGCGUGCGUGUGCGCGCCUCGAUAGAGGAGCCGCUAGAAAGAGCAGAGGCUCCACGUCUCGUUUAUAAGCACGUCGGUGCCCGUCCUUAAAUAACAUGUUCAUCACAAUGACAAUAAAAACACGAUCAAUCUUAUCUCUAAGCCCUACUUUCCAAACUGUCUAAAAUACUCAAAUGCACCCGCGCCGCGGACGACGAAUCGUUCAUUCGAACCGGUUCUUUCUUUUUAGUGAACCGGUCGAACCAGUUCAGCUGAAUCGUUCCCGUUUAGCGUCUCCCGUAAACACUUAAUAUUAUCCACAAAUUAAUUCAGUUCUUCACUUUCUGGCGUGCAUGACAGUCCCGCGGACUUGAACCAAUAUACCAGAGUUAUUUAAUUACAACAACAGCACACACUGAACUGAACUGCUGUGUGGAGAGAGAACUUAUGAGCACGCGCUGCUCUCGUUCUAGAGUCGAGAGUCGGCAACAGUUUUCGGAUCAUUAGUUUUCGGAUCACAAGAGUAUUGCUCUAUCAAUGUUUUGUUUUGAAGGAGAAAAUAAAACAUAUAUCGCUGGACUCGGACGAGACCGACUAGAACAUUUGCGAGACCAAUGACCAAGUCCGAGUUCAAAUAUCAACGAGUCCAAGACAAGUCCGAGACCAUAAAAAAACGUCUCGAGACCGGACUCGAGUACUACAGCACUACUGUUAUGACGCACGCACGCACGCACGCGCACACACACACACACACACACACACACACACACACACACACACACACCUCUGAGCCGUCUCUCAUCAUUGACAACAGAAGAACA